UUCCAUUUUCACUUUCCUCGAGAAGACGGAAAGCGCGUGGUUUACCCCUCUCUUUUAUUUUAUCUUUUUCCUAUUAUUUUCAGAAUUGGAAAUCCAAAAAAGUUUCCCUUCCACCCCUUCUUUGCAUUUAUGCGCGUGUAUAUUUAUGUAAGAAAAAAAGGAAAGAAAUUUGUACAAGAAUCCACCCGAUUUCUUAAACAUUCGAACACGGAUUUUCCGGCUCCUAUCUCUCCAGAACAAUCUAAUUUCAUCCCCGAUAGUAUUGACACAGUGAGUUGGUGUGUCUGAGUGGUAGAAUAUAACUAGAAGGGAGCCAUUUGGGUUUUCUCUCCGCUGGGGAAGGCUGCAGUUUGCUGAAGUUAGUUAAGCUUCGCGAGCUAGCGAACUUCUCUCAAUUUAAUCACCUUUUCUCAUGGCAAUUGGAUUCCACCGCUUGUAAAAUUUGAUCUUUCUGUGAGCUGGGAAAAAAGGGUUUUACUUUUAGGGAUUUUAGCGUUGACAAGGUUUAUCAUGGGUGCUGUUUGUGGCUGUCUGAGGGAUGAAUGGGAAGAUUACGUCAAUCCUAACAGCUCCAUUUAUAGGAAUUGUGUAUGCCUUCAAUGCUUCAUGCAGAGUUUGGUUCACACGUAUGCGUCACUCUUUCACAGAGGAGAAGAACAUGCUCUGCCUUCUUCCAGUCAGGGGACAGCUUCAUUAACCUCUGUACAAUCGACUGAUAACUCCAUAGGCGAUAUGUACCGUUCACCUCCACUACCUCUGCCUUACGAUGCAGACCAAAGGUAUUUCCGUUUGCCGAAUGAUGGGCUGAUUGGGAGAAGGGAUAAAGGGUCAAGUCAUUUGAACGAGGAAACUGAGCCGCUGAGAAUGGAAGAACCUCAUGAAGAAUCCGAACCCGUGAGUGGCAAGGGCAAGUGGAAUGACUUUUCAUGUGAUGAUUAUUCUAAAGAAUAUAAUUCGAAAUUGUCGGUGAAGGUGCCGAGGGCAGAGCCAACCGCUGGUUUUGCUCAUAUUAAUGCUGCUUCAGAGGAUGAGGAUGUCUGCCCUACGUGUCUCGAAGAGUAUACCACAGAAAACCCGAAGAUUAUAACCAAGUGUUUUCACCAUUUCCAUCUCGGUUGUAUAUAUGAGUGGAUGGAAAGAAGUGAUAACUGCCCAGUCUGCGGCAAGGUGAUGGCAUUCGAUGAGACGGCUUGAUGUAUCCCUGCUUCGGGUUGUGAAUGAGACCAACCACCAACACAAUAAGUAAUAACCGCAGAGAAAAUUACAAUAUGGGGUUAAGAGUGUAAAUAAUUAUUUGCUAAAAGAUACCUCUCGGUGUGAUGAUAUUCUGCCAGUACAUUAUAAUUUCUUUCUCUCAUUGAACUGUGGUUUUGUAUUAUAUUAUUCCUGCUAUUUGCAAUGGAAUGAGAAAGGGGAGCUCAUUUGGGUUUUUAAUUUGACAAUAUAAUUGUCCUGAGAUCUGCAGUGAAUUGUAAUAUGUCUUUAACCAAGCAUUAGUUGGAUUAUGAGCGAGCGAACAUUUGAUUCUGUUGGAAACAAUCUAACUGAAAAUAAAAUAAAAUAAAAUGGGAG